CAUUAUUCACCGUGACCCGAGUCCUACUGCGGCUACUUCUCAGUGCGACUCCACUUCUGAACUCUGCUCCACGACAGGUCCAAGCGUGUUCAAGCUACCCACGAUGGUCUUCCAGCUUGCACGAGCUUGUCGUGAGCUAACAACACUCUGUGCUUCCGAGCUCCCCGACUAGACAUGAAUGCGGCUCUCCACUGUAACACCCCCUCUCCAAGAACCUCAACAAGAAAGACAAUAUCCUCUCCUUCCCUUCAACUUUUGUCCUACAGAUUCAAGUCUCUCGGCCAUCUUGGAAGCUUCAAAACAAUGCCUUCCAUCAUGCCACAAUGUAUUCACUGGCUUCUGCGCCUCUGCUAUGAAACCGGGAAAACGACGUGUCGACCUGACAAGAGGCUGGAGCUGGCAAAGACGGGACAUUUCAUGCGACAUCCUUGUUACUCGUCUACCAUCGGAGACUCGUUCCCCAACCAAGCGAGGCCAAACCGGCUGCAUCUUGCAUUGGCUUUCCCUUGCAAACUCGGGGCAUCCCUGUCCCUGCCUGGCUCGCCGAAACGUCAUUACUAUGGACCGCUUGAGGAGACUGACCUGUCAAUAUUCGUUUCGUCGUGAUCGUCUCUCUGAGGCAAUGACUGACUGCAAUAGAUGAACAUUUCGUUAAUUUGCCAUUAUUAUCAUUAUCGUCAUUAUCAUCUCACCACUAUUUCUGCCCAAUCUGCCUGACAUCAAUCAGAUGAUCCAUUUCUCGAUUCCUUCCAUGCAUGUCUAAUGCUGAGAUGCUGGACCAUAUCUGAGUAGCGCACUGCACUCAGUAGGCACCAGUACUCGUACUUUCCAGCAAGUACCUACAAGUACGAGUUACAAGUUUCAUGUCCACAAGUGGAAAGCCUCUCUCUUUCAUUUCUUACUCACUUACCUAGUGCA